UGGCAGCCACCCUUCAGUUGCAGCAAUCUGGCUGAACGCCUGGAGAAGAACACCACCAAGGAGGCCACUCUCCACCUGUCACUUGUUGCAUCUAAGACCCAGACUGCUAGCUCAACGAGUGAGCAAUGGCAACCAUCAGCGCCGCCGGAGCCGUCACCCUCGUUGCCUGCGCCGCCGGAGCCAGGCCGUCACAGGCUCAAGGUCUGCCUCAGCUGAGAGUGAGAGCCCAGAAGGUGAGGUGCGGCUGCUCAAAGCGGCAGGACGGCGGCAAGGCGCCAUGGGCUCCGGCCGGUGCGUCCCUGCUCGCCGCAGCGAGCGCCAUGACAGCGUCCCCUGCGCUGGCGUUGGUGGACGAGCGGAUGUCGACGGAGGGCACCGGGCUGAGCCUGGGGCUGAGCAACAACCUGCUGGGGUGGAUCCUCCUGGGCGUGUUCGGCCUCAUCUGGUCCCUCUACACCGUCUACACCUCCACGCUCGACGACGACGACGAGUCCGGCGGCCUCUCGCUCUGAAUCCUUCCAUGUUCUCGAGCUAUUUCGCUCUGAAUCCUGACCUGUGGUUUCGAUCUGUGUAUGCGAGUUCGUGCAACUGGCCCGAGACAUGGCUGUCUGUGAUCGAGUUGUUACAUCCGAUCCGAGAUGUAAUUACGAGUACUUAGUGGCUGGUUUCAUGCAUGGAGGUUUGAGGAGGUUAUCAUCCGUGAAACAAGUUGUGCUCAUGCACUUCUGAAUGAAAGUUUGGUUGGGUCGCUGAAUAUGACAAAGAAUUUUCUGAAA